AUGUUUUCUCGAAGUGAUAAGAAAGAAGAUAAUUCUAAAAGGUUUAAUGAAAAGAAAAUGCAUUCAUUGGCUGUUAUUCUAGAAACACCACAAAAGGAUUUACAAGUUCAUUUAAAUGCAAUGAGAGAUGUUGUUGAAAUGUUAGUUUGGGGAGAUAAACAUAAUACAGGGAUUAUUGAUUCAUUUCUCGAAGAUAAUUCAUUUUCAACAAUUAUUGAAAUUGUUAAAAAAGGAAAGAAAUUAGCGUUACUUCAAUUUUUACAAUGUUUUGCUAUUUUAGUUGAAAAUAUUAAGACUACCAAUUUUCUUUAUUUCUUGUUAAGUCAAAAUACUAUUGAAACAAUAUUAUCAUUCCCUAUUGAUCGUAAUGACGAAGAUUUAAUUUCUCCUUAUAUAUCAAUGCUUAAAUCUAUUUCAUUAAGACUUACAGAUGAUACUUUACAAUUCUUUUAUAAUCAUCAAAAAAAUACAUGUCCAAUAUUAAGUGAAGCAGUUUCUUUAUUAAAUCAUAAAGAUUCUAUGAUUGUUUCACAUUCAAGAAAUAUUAUUCUUCAAUUUACAGCAUUUACAAAUGACAAAGCAUUUAAUGAUUAUUAUAUGUCAUAUUCACAAAAACAUUUUUAUCCCCACCUUGCCUCAUUAAUAUUACCUCACAUUCAUUCACUUCCACAAUCACUACAAUUAUUAAUUGAUGAUAUAUAUUUCAUCUCUGAUCUUUUAACUCUUCCUCAACCUUAUCCAACAAUGUUAACAUCUUCAUUAUUUGAUAAUUUAAUUUAUCCUCAUAUUCUUCCUUCAUUUAUUUCUGCUUCAGCAACUACUCCAAAGAAAGUUGAAUCAUUACAAUUUCUUAUUCAUUUAUAUGAAUCUAAAUUCCCAACACCUUUCCUAUCACUAAUUUCACAUUGUUUAUUAAUUCCUCUUCUUCCACAAGGUCAAUACAAUAAACUUUGUGAUUAUAUAGUUAAAAUGAUUCAACAACAAAACGGAAUGGAAUUUCAUUGUCUUAUUACUUUAUUGCUUCAAAUCAUUCAAACUCCACCUGUUUCAUUAUUAAGUCGUUCAUUUCUUUCAAAUCCAUCACAAUUAUCAGCACCUGUAGCUUUAUUAUCAAUUCUUGAGGAUGAAAAUUCUGAUGUUGAUCCAUUAUUUGGAGAAGAAAGUCCUAAAUUAAAUGUUAUGGUAGAUAUUACUAUGUGUUUUCCAUGGUUAUCAAUGAAAGCUGACACUAAAUGUUUCGAAACAUUUUCACGUAUUAUGGGAGAUAAACAAUCAUUUAAUAGUGAAGGAAGUGUUUAUGAAUUUUUAAAAAAUACAAGUAAAAUUAAUAGAAUGAAAAUAAUCAAUUCAUUAGUCGAAUUUUGUAUUAAUGAUGCACAACAAUGUUUACCAUUAUGGACUUAUUCAAGAACAAUGAAAAUUAUUAAACAUAUUGGGUGGUGGGGAAAUGGUAAAUUAGAUGAUGGAUUAAAUGAAUUAAAACAAAAAGUUAUUGAAAGUUAUAAUAAAAGUGAAAAUGUUAUUUCUAAGUUAUAUCCAAGAUUAAAACUUGAUCAAUUCGAAUUACUAUGGAAUAAUAUUACUACUACAUUAGAAGAUAUUAGUGUUGAAUAUGAGUUUGGUGAUGAUAUCGAUAAAUGGAAAAAUCAACAACAUACUUUUAUUGAAAAAAAUUUUAAUAAAAAACAAAAAGCAAUGGAAAUUUAUUACAUUAUUGCUUCUUGUGUUAUUAAACGUAAAUUAUAUUUACUUUUUACUAAAGGAGAAAUUACUAAAAUUGAUUCGAUUUAUUGGGAAAUUAAAAAUGAACAACAACAAGAAUCUACUGACACUUCCUCUAACCAACAAGAAAAUCAAGUAGAAGAUAUAAAAGAUGAUGAUAUGAAAAAGAAAGAAUCUAAAGAAACCUUAAAAUAA